CUAUCAGAUACACUGAGGGCUUUCCUUUUACAUGCACCAGCCAUGCAAUAAAAACACAGUCCCCCGUGCGGUGUUGUUCUUCUGUCCCACACACACACACACACACACACACACACACACACACACACACACACACACACACCACUAUGCAGGCGGCGGGCAAAGGAGCAGCUGACACCGACGCUGCUGUACACAGUAGCAGCAGCGGAGCCGCAGACGUCGACGACAGCGACGGGGCAGGGGAGAGGAUGGAGAGGACGGUGCCAAGCGAGCAGCAGGACAGAACCAACAACCAGCAGCAGCUUCAGCAGCAACAGCAGCAGCACACGUCCUUAACGCCGUCCGGAGUGCUCGAUAAGCUGUUUGGGAAGCGUCUCCUGCAGGCCAGACACUAUAUUAUGUCCCGGAAGUCCUGGCUAAAGAUGGUGCCCACCGAAAACUGUGACAUCCUGAUGACAUUUCCAGAUAACAUAGACGACCACACUCUGCUGUGGCUCCUGAAUCAGUUUCGUGUCGGGAUCCCACAGGUCAGCAUUCAGAUCCGACAGCAAAAACACGCCCAGACACACGCCUUCUUCAUCACGACAACAUUCGAGAAUUUACUGCAGGGGGCGGAGCAGAUGAGCAUGCACAAGGCCGUCAAACCGCAGUUUGGUGGCGGGAUGCGGCGCUUCUCCUGCGAGGAAGACAACAUCUACGAGAACAUCGAGAGCGAGCUCUGCUUCUUUACCUCACAGGAGCGUCAGAUCAUUAUAAAGUAUUGGCUGGACAAUCUGCGAGCCAAACAAGGGGAGGUGCUUCACAACAUUCACUUCCUGGAGGGACAGCCAAUCAUACCAGAGCUGGUAGCUCGAGGAGUGAUCCAUCAGAUGUUUCCUCUCCAUGAGCAGAGGAUCCUCAAUCAGCUGAUGACAUCGUGGGUCCAGGCUGUGUGUGAGAGGCAGCCACUGGAUGAUAUCUGUGACUACUUUGGGGUUAAGAUCGGCAUGUAUUUUGCCUGGCUUGGUUUCUACACAAACUCCAUGCUUUACCCUGCUGUCAUCGGCUUCCUGCUCUGGAUCCUCGCAGAGGCUGACCAGACCAGUCAGGAUAUCUGCUGUGUUGUUUUCGCCCUCUUCAACGUUGUGUGGGCGACACUGUUUCUGGAGCGCUGGAAGAGGCGAGAAGCUGAGCUCGCCUACAGGUGGGGGACCCUUGACACCCCCGCUGAGUCCUUAGAGGAGCCCAGACCACAGUUUAGGGGAGUGAAGCGCUGCAGUCCUAUAACGGGCUGCGAGGAGUUUUACUACCCGCCCUGGAAGAGAGCUCUGUUCAGAUGGCUGGUCAGCCUGCCCAUCUGUCUCCUCUGUCUCUGCUUUGUCUUCCUCGCCAUGCUGCUCUGCCUGGAACUGCAGGAAGUGGUGAUGGAGAUCCAGGAGCUUCCAGGUAUCACAAGAUUCAUUCCUAAGAUACUCCUGGCCCUUACUGUGACUGUAUGUGACGAAGUGUAUAAGAAGAUCGCCUACUGGCUCAAUGACAUGGAGAACUACAGACUGCAGAGUGCCUAUGAGAAUAAUCUCAUCAUCAAGAUGGUUUUUUUUGAAUUCAUCAAUUCUUACCUAAGCCUUUUCUACAUUGGAUUCUACCUCAAGGACAUGGAGAGACUGAAAGAGAUGCUAGCCACUCUACUGAUCUUCCGCCAAUUCCUACAGAACAUCAAAGAGGUCCUCCAGCCUUAUAUCUAUGAGCAAAACAAGCUGGGUGUCUUCACCCCAAAGGUGCUUUGGGAGCUCCUCCAAGCCAUCAUGCUCAAAUAUGGCCGCCUUGCUCUGGGAAAGGCUCAAGCCUCAAUGACAGCUUAUUCCUUCCUGGGUCCCAGAGGGAUCGGCGUCAGUCACACCACUAACGGUAAUCCUGAGCCGAGGAGACGAGGGGAUCUGAAAGCCGGAUUCAGGCUGUCAGAGGAAGAGUGGGACAUGAGUGACAGCAAUCUGAAGCAACGUAAAGUCAGCUUCACGGAGAAGGUCGACUACCAGGACGUGACGACAGAAACCCAGCCGGUGUUUGACAGCUUCCUCGAGGACAGUCCAACGCUGGUAGAGGAGGGGAUGGACCCGUCCAGUAUUUUUGACAGCUGUGACGAGGACAGUGAUUGCGAAUCGCUGAGUCAACAGGAAACCAAGGAGCAUGUGUCCUCUCCAAAGGAAUCUGACUCUCUCUGUCAGAGAAGAAAGAAUGAGAAGGAGGGGAAAGAAGAGAAGAAGUCAUGGAUCGAUCCACCUGAAGAACCUCAAACUGUCACUCUGACCCAGGCUGAGAUUGAGAGCUGUAUGCAGACAUACGAGGACACGCUCCAGGACUAUCAGGAAAUGUUCAUUCAAUUUGGUUAUGUGGUGCUUUUCUCCUCUGCGUUUCCCCUGGCGGCCAUGUGUGCUCUUAUCAACAACAUCAUUGAGAUCCGCAGUGACGCGCUGAAGCUCUGCACCGGCCUGCAGAGACCCUUCGGACAGAGGGUGGAGAAUAUCGGACAAUGGCAGACUGCAAUGGAGGCCAUGGGCUUGAUCGCCAUCAUCGUAAACUGUUACCUGAUUGGUCAGUGUGGUCAACUGCAGCGUCUGUUUCCCUGGCUUAGCCCUGAGAUGACCAUCAUAUCCAUCGUCUUACUAGAGCACUUUGCAAUCCUCCUAAAGUACGUCAUCCAUGUUGCCAUCCCUGAUAUCCCUGGCUGGGUAGCAGAAGAGAUGGCCAAGCUAGAGUAUCGACGAAGGGAAGCUUUCAAGAAACACGAGCAGCAGGCCCAGCAGCACUUCCAGCAGCAGCUCAGACGCCGACGUGAAGAAGAGGAGCUCCAGCGUCAGGCUGAGCUGCAGGUCGAGGCCCGCCAGGAGAGCGACUACCACAAGGCAGACUCCCAGCACCAGCACCACCAUGACAAAGCAACAGGGGGCAAAGCAGGCGACAAACCAAAGAGACCGAGCUCACUGCUGGGAAACAACAACGUGAUGAAACUGAAGCAGAUCAUCCCUCUGCAGGGGAAGUUUUCCUCUGGCACCUCACGCUCACCGGCUCAGUCCCCCACAGGAGGAGAGGCAAAGCUGCCGGGAUUUCUCAAGUUCUUGAAGUCACCCGAGGUGAAAAAGGAGCCGGCGGUGGCAGCUGGAGCGUCACCGGGGUCAACCGUGGCUUCUUCAGCGCUCCCUGGUGGCCACGAGAGAUCACAGUCCCCUAACAGGACAUUCAGUCCAGGAAAGCUGUUCAGUUUCAGCAAAUCAGAGGGGACUGUGGUGUGUGUGAACGGGACACAAACAACAGGUCAACCUGCUAACACUCAACCAAACAGAGCUGAGUUAAACACAAGCCAGGAGGAGUUACCCUCUAAUGAGUCGGAAAAAGGAGAAUCAAGACAGUUGACUGAUUCUGAAAACUCGGGUUCCAAGAGUUAAUAAAUAUUCAAGGAUACCAAUGUAAUAUAAUGAACUGAGAGCAAUGUAAAUAGACUGUAACACCUGUACUGUAGGGGAGCACAUUAGUCACAAGGACCACAUGUAAGGUCAGCAAGUGCUAGACUUUCACUCUCAAUGCAACUUACUCUGCACAAAGUAUUCUACUGUAUCUAUAAACACUUGACUAUCCAGCGUCCAUGUAAAAAUGUGUACAGUAUGUGUUACUCUGUGAACAGGGCUCGAUGAUCCGGCGACAAUACUGCAUGUCCGCCUGGUUUCAACAGCCGGAUCGUUUUCAAAAAGAGGACCUGAGCAUCAGUGAUUUGACCUGCAUCUUCCCGUGCUUCGUCUAGUUUCUCAUUCUGAUGCCUGUCUGUAAUGCAUGCAUUACACAUUUAUCACCUAUUUUCAGUUGUAUAGCACUUUUAAAGCCAUUGUAUUCCUCCGCAAUAGGUCUGAUUAUACUCACUGUGACCUUGAAAAAAGUAUUCUAUUUUUCUGACAUUUUAUUUUCUAUGAAUUAUUUUACUACAUGAAUUAGUGAAUGUACUUCUAUGAUGCAAAUAAAUAUCACUCUUGAAUAAACAUCCAUUAAGAGAUAA